AUGACUAGUGACACAAAAUUAAUACAUUCUUUGAUACACAAGAUUAGCACGAAGUUACCAAGCAAAAGUGGGACAAAUCUGGAAACUUUAGAAUCAGAUCCUCUUAUUCUACAAACAGUAAACUCCAUUGUCGACUUAUCAAAAUAUAAACUUAGUAUAAUAGUACAAGCUUUAACAAAAUUAUUAGAAACGAUAUCACAAUCAACUUCAAUGGUGUUGGAAGAUUUUGUCCCCUGUGAUGUUCUUCAAUCUCAAUUAUUUGUUCUAAAAAUUUUGUCUGCUGCUUCAAAUUGGAAUGUAGUAUUUGCCAGGAUAAGAAAUAAGAUUGAAUAUUUAACUACUACAAAUGAUGAAUGGCCAGAAACUGCAGAAUUGAAAUUAUUGGAAUGCGUAUUACGUAAAGCUAUUUGGAAUUGGAUAGAAGUUUUUCCCUCUGAAUUCGUGACAUUAUGUCAAAGUCAAAGACGUUUAGAAGGUGGUCCCGAAAUUUUGUUUGAUAUAUGUUUCGGAUUGGCUGAUAAUAAUCGAAAAAAAUUAGUAUUUUGGCCAUUACAAACUAUGUUAUUGAUUUUAUGCCCAGAUAUAUUGCUUAGUGCAUCAAUCUCCGAAAAGGCUCCUAAUCUAACGAAUAAUAAGAAAGUUAUAUUCCUUGACUCAUUAAAGAGUUCAUUGAAACGUAAUAAAUUAGCUGAUAUAGCAGCUGUAUGUUAUGUGGAUAUAUGUAAAGCAUCAACUUAUGUUAGCAAGAAUGAAACAUCAGCAUUAAGAAUGAUUGUUCCAGAAAUUGAAAAUGAUUUACAGGAAAGACUUUUUGAUCCAUCACGACCAUUCCUCAAUGAACAACAAAUCGACCAUCGAUUAAUGACUGAUUGUUUAACAGCUCUAUUUAGAUUGAAUACAAAUAUUUUACGAUCAUUAAUUCCUGUGUGUUUGGCAGACACAUCUCCUAACACCUUUAAAUUGGUGUUGGUUAAGAGUUGUUAUGCUAUUGCUUCCGAGGAGACUAAAUUUCCCUGGAACCCUCAACUAUCUUUAAUUUAUCCAAUUUUGGCAUCCCCAUUACGAAAAUUAUUUCAUCAAUUUAUUUCGAAUAGGGAUAAAACUACCGAUAUACGAAGGAGACGAUUACCAAGGGAAAAAAAUGACGAAUUGGAAAGGAACGAGAAAAUGGAAAUAAUAUUAAAUAUAUUAAAAUUGUAUAAGAUAGUUCCUUUUUUGGCUCUUACGGUACGUAUGGGUAAAGAAAUUCAUGAUGUGAUCUAUGAUAUGACAUUAUGUGUUAAUGAUUGUAAUAGUGCUAUACGAAAGACGGCAGCUGAAACAUUAUUGGAAUUACAUAAAAUGGAUUUGAUUGAACAAUGGGGACCACCAGAAAUGAAAAUGGAAAGGUUUUGGUUAUUUAGUUCGAAAGUAAUGGUAGCAAUCGCGAGACAAAUAUUAGAUUUCAAAGAAGGGGAGGAAGGGACAAAAUAUUUAUUAGAUUUGUUAUUACAAUUGUUCGUAAGAAGAAACGAAUUCUUAAAAUCUAAUGAGGACAUAUCAAAUUUUGGAAUAAACAUUAGAGAAAGGAUGGGAUGUAAUGUUGUGUUAGAAUUAACAUUAUUAGUUCUAUUAUGUUCUCCUGACACUGAUAUAUGUACGAUGGCUAUAAAUUGUUUUAGACAUUUAUGUAUUGAAGCUCAAUUAACUACAGAAUUAAUCCCUGAGGUAAUGGAUGUACAGGCUGCACCAUUAUCAAUUGUUGAAAAUAUUGAUGUAUAUGCCGAAUUAUCUGAACCUCAAGUUAUAUCUGGUCGUAUGGCACAACAAAAAAGAAUUCGUAAACUAUUGAGACGUAUGAAAAUACCAACACAAGGUAAUGUGACAGCUUGGGAAGAAGCCUAUAAACGUUGGAGGCAUUUAACAGCAUUAAUAACAAAGUUACCCGAGGAUCAACUUUCAUUGGAAUUCGAGGGUAAACCAAAAAGAGGAUUACCAUGGCCUGUCGCCGCCCCAGUUAAAGUUACGGGAGUUAAUGCUGUUACCAUUUCUGAGUCUCAACAGACAGAAUGGCAUAAUUACACAGGAUUUCUUUCGUCGCUUGGAGGAUGUUGUAUAAAUGAAAAACAAAUAAGUAUUCUAAAUAAUAAUCAAAAUAAUGAACGUAUAAUUGAGUCUGUAUAUUUUAAUGGUGAAAUUGGAUCGAAUUGUCAUGCUUUGGUAGAAAAAUAUGUCACGGAUAUGGUAGAUUUAUUAGUUUGCGAUUCAAUCUAUGUACGCGAAAGUGUACGAGAAACUUUAGGAACAGAAUUGAGUCCCAGAUUAUAUGUCCUUUUAUUCCGAAAUUUGGAAUCCAUAGUCGCCAGAUUUUUUGAUACAGAUGGUGAAGCGAAUCCCACAGAACGUUACACAUUAUUCGUGGAACAAGCGAUAAGUGUAUUAAAAUUAAUAUUGGAACGAAUUCAAGAAUUAUCAGAAAAUUUAUAUACAGUAGAUUUGGGUGGUUUAGUUUUGUCAUUUGCGAGAUAUUUAAAUCGAUUGGGCACUGGUUAUUCAGCUUUAAUAAUUAAGAAAAAGAUGUGUCAGUUAGUUGAAAUAUUAACGUUAAAGAAAGAACAUGUUACACUUCGACAGGAGAUUAUAUUACGAAACCGAUUAUUAGAAAUAUUUAUUGAGUGGACUUCUGAUUUCACUAUGAAAACUGAUGCUCAAGGAAAUUCCGAAAAUUUAUCGAAUAGAAGCGAAAGAUUACACCGUGAUUUAGAUCAAGCAUGUUUAAAAACUACAGUGUCCUUGUUAGCACAAUUACCAUUGCAACCAUCAGAUGUUGUACACGAAGCUGAACUAAGUGGAGUAAAAUCGAGAUUAUUUUAUAAAUAUUUCUCUUUCUUUAUAAAGUUGUUAAAUCGAUGUCGAAUUUUGGAGGCAAUUGAUAGUGGAACACAUUCUGCAAAAAAUAAUCAAGAUUUACAAAUGUUGUUAUCAAAGUCAAGAGAAUACGUUAAAGAUUUGGGUCCAUUAAAAGAUUACACAAUAUUGGCAUUGAGUAAUCUUUUGAGUGCUAACGUUGAAUCGGGAUUAAAAUAUUCGUUAUCUAUGGGAUAUCAUGAGGAUAGCAAGACACGAACUGCAUUUAUGCAAGUACUUACAAAUAUCUUAAAUCAAGGUACCGAAUUUGAAGGAUUGGCUGAAAAUGCGAUGAAUGAUCGUUAUGAUAAGUUGGUCGAGCUCGUGACAGAAUCUGAUCUUAAUGUAGCACUUUCAUUAUGCAAAGUAUGUCCAGUAUCCGGUAUUGAUGAGGUGGCAAGAAUGUUAUUGGCAGUAUUUGAUUCUCGCAAUAAAGCAAUGCCAUUAUUGAAAGCCAUUAUUGAAAAAGAAGUACAAAGUACUGAAUCUGAAGCAACUUUAUUCCGAAGAAACUGUAUGGCUACUCGAAUGUUAGCAGCAUUUGGCAAGACACAUGGUGCUGAAUAUUUACGUGACACUUUGCAACCUCUCGUUCAAAAUCUUUUACAAAAAUCAGACGAUUUCAGUUGUGAAUUAAAUCCUGACAAUCUUGAGCCAGGGGAUGACAUUGAAAGGAACUUUAUGAACUUAAAGAACACAGCACAAGCAUUUCUUGACGGAAUCUGUUCUUCAGGAAGGAAUAUGCCUAUUCUAUUCCGACGUGUUUGUCAUUACAUCGGUAGUUCUGUAGAAGAAAAAUAUCCACGAGCAAAAUCCACUACAGUUGGAGCUUUCAUUUUCUUACGAUUCUUUAAUCCUGCAAUAGUAGCUCCAGACAAUGAAAACCUUUGUAAACCGAUUGUAAACACAAAAAUUAAACGAGCCUUAUUAUUGAUAACAAAAGUUAUACAAAAUUUGGCGAAUAACGUCUUAUUUGGUGCGAAAGAACCGUAUAUGAAUACGUUAAAUGAAUUCUUAAAUUCUAAUAUUGUUAAAAUUACGACAUUUUUAGAAGAGAUUUCUAAAUUGCCAAAUCUACCGCAAUUUGCAGAUAUAAAUUCAUUCGAACAACCAUCCAUUCGUAGAUUGGAUGAUUCUGAACGAAAAACACUUCACAAACACCUCAUAGAGAAUCAAGAAAAAAUGGCUAAAGAUUUACAGUUUAGACGAGUGAAAUCAUUAAAUCCUUCUAUAUCAGGAAAUGUAGCAUCUGAUCAAACUCAUGAUAAGAAAGCAUGGGAUAAAAUAUCUACUUUAUUAGCACAACUGGGACCACCUACAGAAACCCAAAAGAAACAUUUUUCAAUGACUAGUAAUUAUCAUUCUAAAACGAAUCAUCAUAUGUUUAUUGAAUUUAUGCGAAGAAAUUCGACUCGUAAUGCGGAAUUUAUCACAUCGAAGGGAGUUUUUUAUGAAUCCGGUGUUUCAAAAGAGAAACGACCAGUAUUUUAUGCAAUACUACGACGUCUUGAGGCAGAUUCCACUGAUAUGGAACUUUUGAUGUAUCACGUUCUUCAUACAAUAGAACCAUAUAUGGGUAAACCAUUUGAAUUAUUGGUGGAUCUAACUCAAUUUAGUCAGACUAAUGAAAUACAAGCACAAUGGGUUCAACAAUUUUUACAAAUAUUACCAUUUGAUGCAGUUGAUAAUUUAGCAGCAUUAUAUUUUUAUAAUGCCAAUACUGCAUUUAAAAAAUUUGUUAAAAAAUUGGGACGACCUUUACCCAACAAGAUUGCAAAGAAAACAUAUUUCUUUUAUAAUUUGAAUGAAUUAUAUGAAUUCAUUUCAUCAUCCGAAUUAAGGUUACCAAAAAAAACCAUGGCACUUGAUACUGAGCAAUCUGUCUCUUAUUCACAAGUAACUAAAAUAUCACAUUAUCGAAUGCCAAUUCCGACAAGAAAACAAGAUAUCUUUAAUGGAUUAAACUGUCAUUUAAAUGAUGUUUAUCAUAUAUCAGAAAUUGAAGAUGUUAAUUUGUCAUCUCAUAGAAAUGAUGAUAAUGAAUUUAUCAUUAAACAAGAUCACGGAAGACCAUCAUUUUCGUUCACAACCAAACCUACGCAAAUCACGGAACGAGUAAUACGACCCAAUGAUGUGCCUGGAACAUUAUUAAAUAUGGCACUAUUGAACAUAAUGAGUGAAGAUCCAAAUUUAAGAUUAGCAGCUUAUAAUCUUUUGGUGGCUUUAAGUUUAAUAUUUAAUUUUGAUGUGGGAAAUCAAUUGCUGUGGGCCAAAG